GUUUCUAGCAAGUUUCGUGUGUUUAUUUAGUUGCUUUGGAUUUUCUCUCUCUACAACGAAGCUCUUCAUCUUCUGUAUCUAUCUCCAAUAAAUCUGUAUUGUAUGGCCGCCAAUUUGCCGUGCCGCCGAUUUGCUAAGCGAUUUCUGAGCUUCGUAGGCUCCAGCACUCGCAACCCUGCCUUCUCUCCUUCCACCAUCUCUGCUAGGAGGGCUGUACAUGUGUCUGUGUAUGACAAGAACCCGGAAGAACAUGUUCAUUAUCCAUCAAUUGUCCCGGACGAAGUAAUCCAAACCCAAUCUGGCAACUACUGGACUCCUCACCCAGAGACUGGAGUGUUUGGACCACCCACCAAUCACACUCUCACUGCUGCUGACUUCCACACCGUAGCUGCAGGGGCUGCUCACUCAGUCUUGGAGGUGAAAGCCUUCUUCCGUCCCCUUGAGGAUUUGGAGAAACCACCCCAUUCUGCCUUCUAGAAGAUAUAUAAAUUCUUUCCCAAUCAUAGAUAAAUAAAAUAAUCUAUGCAAACAAUUUCUGUACAUUAGCAAUAGUAAGGUACUAAGGUUUAUAAUCUUUCUAUGUCAUCAUGGUAUAGUAAUGUUCUUAACAGCAACUAUCUAUGAUGAAAAGAAUUUCAACACUUAUUUUUAUUACAAAGUCCUCUGCUCUGCUAGGCAGUACGUUCAAAUGCCUA